AUGCCACCACGAGCGAAUCGCAAAAUACCUCAGGUCGACCAGCUCAUCGGAUGUGAGCAGUACAGGAUCCCCCCGAUCACCCACGCGAGCAAGAUGCCCGCCGGGUGGGAUUGGAAUGCCGAUGAGACCGGUCUGAUUGAAGAGGAUGUGGAAGGCAAUAUCAUAAGAUGCCAUGAACGUAUCAAAAUGGGUAUCUUGCCCCAGCUGUUUGAACAGAGAUUGAAGAUGCACGAAGGGAUCAAGAGGUCACGCGAGAAAAUGAUGGAGGUAGAGCCGGCAGGUCUCAGUUGGGAGAUUGUUCAACGUUUGGACAGUCUGAAGUUUCUGGAGGAGAGUUGCAAACAAGAUACCGAGGGGAAAUAUCCAUGCAAUGAGGUCAAUAUCAAAGCUAUCAUGGCUGCUUAUCGGAAGGGCAGUAUUGAAUGGUAUAAUGAUGCAAAGGUUACAAUUUGGUUUAGGGGAGGGCAGUUUGUUGGUGGACCUACAGAGUUUGAUGAGACUACGGUAGCUCGGCUUUAUGAGCAAUUUGGCGGAGAACAUGGAUUAUGGGUUGAAGGACAUGGCACUCCCCAGCCUGGCCUUUUUGGUCUCACCGAAAUAUUUCAUCCAACUCCCAAUCGUAAUCAUCGCCUAGCACAGCAUACAGUCAUUUCUGCCUUGAGAGCUCCUGGAAGUGAUCGUCAAAUGACAUUGGAGUUCAGAGAUGACACUGGAGCAUUCGCUCCUAUGAUAUCCCGAGACGAUCUUUGGAGUAUAUACAGGGCAUGUGGAUCUGCUGCUUUGCAUUUGGGAGGAGAAGUAGCAAGAGAGGCUUUGGGGAAACGCAUGCAGAGACAAAAAUACGUACUUGAUGUAAUGGUCAUGAACAACCAAGCAGAGAGAAUAACAAUGACCCGAUGGGUUCAAACUGUCUUCUUCGUCGUGGACCAUAAAGCAGAUCCUGAGGUAGCAGAAGAACGACAGAAACGAGGUCUACCCAAAAUUCCACCGACGGAAAGGCUCAGCGGGUCCUGGUGGCGGCACAUGUUAUAUACAGUCACAGUACCAGAUAAUCAUCGGCGAGUCUAUACCGGCACAAAGAAGUCGGAAAUGGACACGGUACCUGAUGUGGACUACGACGAGGCAUUGCCGCCUCGUGUUUCUUUAUCACUAGCUCCUCUUUCCGCUCAAGCCAAAAAGGGAGCCAAAAUUGAAGGAUGGGUACCACCGGAACCUGAGGAUCAGAAUCGGGGCGGAAGUAGGUCGUGGAGGGGGGAAUACCUCGAUGGGAGCAAGCAUCCGCCUAGUUGUAGGCGGUAUUUGGAGUGGGUCAAUAAAGAGAAUGAGCGCAGGACCGUGCCCCUUAAGCCCACCGCAGAUGAGUUCAAACGGCAUCGAUUGGAUUAG